UUAUACACAACACUAUUGUGUGGUUCUCUUUGUCCUGCCUUGGUGACCACCUUUCAGUUCCCUAACUUCUAACCAAACACAUGCAGGAAAAAUGGCAGGAACGAAUAUCUCUGUGGAUAAGGACCAGUUCUGUUGCUCAGUGUGCUUGGAAGUGCUAUGGGAGCCCGUCACAAUUCCUUGCGGACACAGCUAUUGUAUGGAGUGCAUUAAAGGUUACUGGAGGAAAUGUGAACUGAAAGCCGAAUUCAGCUGCCCUCAGUGCAGACGCACCUUUAGCCCCAGACCUGCUCUGGCUAGAAACACCAUACUGGCUGAUAUCGUGGAGAAACUGAGGAGAACCAGCAUUCAAGAGGCUGGUGAGAAAGCAGCAGAUGUCGAAUGUGACGUUUGCACCGGGAAGAAACAUCAAGCGGUUAGGUUUUGUGUCAAAUGUCAGACGUUUUACUGUGAGAUGCACCUGAAACCUCACAAUGAAAGGAAUCGUGGCAGGAUGCAUCCACUUUCUGAAGUUACAAAACAACUGCAGAAAAGAAUCUGUUCACGUCACAAUAAACUGCGGGAUUUUUACUGUCGCACAGACCAACAAAGCAUUUGUAGUUUGUGCUUCAAAGAUGGACACAAGGGUCACAGUGUGGUGUCUGUGAUGGAGGAGAGGAUGGAAAAACAGAAACAUCUUGAGGAAGCAUGGAAAAAGUCAAAACUGAGGUGUAAGGAACGAGAAAAGGAACUCCGAGAUAUUGUAAAAUACGUCAAGCGCUCAGCACAAGCGGUUGAGGAUGACAGUGAAAAGAUCUUCACCAGACUGCUGCGCUCCGUCGAAAGGAAGCAUUUGGAGGUGAAAGAGCUGAUCAGAGGUGAGGAGAGGACAGCUCUCGAACAGACAGAGAAGCUUCUAGAACGACUGAAUCAACAGAUAGUUGAACACCGGAGAGGAGAGGCCGAGCUAGAGGCGCUCUCAAACACUGAGGAUCAUAUCCAUUUCCUGCAGAACUAUAAGACGCUCUGUGCUCCUCCUGACGCCGGGGGUCGGCCCAGCAUUGACGUCCAUCCGUACUUCUCUUUACUGAUAUUGAGAAAAGCUCUCACAGAGCUGAGAGAUAAAGUCAACGAGGUCUGUGACAGAGAAUCAACCAAGAUCGCAGAAUUAGGCGAGUACAGAAACAGAUUCACAGGGUAGCUGACUAUGGUGGACUUACAUGCAUGA